AUCUAUGUUUGCAUUAAGAUGGCUAACAAGAGAGGUGCAAACUAUUCAGAGGCCCCGGACGGCGGUUGGGGCUGGUUCGUGGUUUUAAGCAGCUUCCUGUCCCACGUGUUCAUGGUCGGAACCUUCAAGUCCUUCGGAGUGUUCUUCCCGUACCUACAGGAGGCGUUUGGGCAGGACGCAGCGUCCACGUCCUGGGUUAGCUCCAUCAUGGGCUCCGUCAUGCUGUUCGGGUCCCUCCCCGCGGGUGCCCUGUGUAACAUGUUCGGCGGCAGGGCUGUAGUGAUGACGGGGAGUCUGCUGGCCACCACAGGUCUCCUCUCCAGUAUGUUCGUCACCAGCCUGGCUGUCAUGAACCUAACGGCUGGGUUCAUCACGGGUCUUGGCUUCUCGCUCAUGUACACGCCUUGCAUUACAAUGGUGGGGAGAUACUUCAAGAGAAGACUCUCGCUUGCCAACGGAAUUGGAAUAUCAGGAUCCGGAGUCGGAGCCUUCGUCCUGCCUCCUACAUUUCAGCUGCUCAUCGACAACUACGGGUGGAGGGGUUCCCUCUUUAUUGUGGCAGGGAUCGCCUUACAAGGAUGUGUGUUUGGUGCCUUGUUACGACCCUUACAACUAAAAGCGGACAUCGAUGUCCAAGAAACUGAAAGUACCAUUGAGUCUCACGUAGCUGAUGAACCAAUGGCAAUGCCUAAGAAAACGAGCCAAGGACUGAUGGCACGCCUGUGCGGUGUCCUAGACCUCUCACUGUUAAAAAUACCUUAUUUUGCGAUCUUUAAUGUCAUCAUGAUGUCUCUAGUAGUUGGAUUCAGCAUUCCGUUUGCACACUUGGUAAACCAUGCGAGAACUGUAGGACUAGAGCCGCAGCAAGCCGCAUUCCUUGCCUCUGUGGUGGGCAUUGCCGACUGCCUGGCUAGAAUCGGGUACGGCUGGCUUUACAACCUGGGCCUGUACCCCCUUCUUCGUGGGUUGGUAGCGUGCAGCCUAGGGCUCGGCCUGAGUCUGAUGUUCUUACCUUUUGCACAAACGUACGCAACAAUGGUGAUCUGCUGUUUGUUUAUCGGAGUGUUCAUGGGGUGCUUGUCCACGAAGACCGCGGUGUUUCUGGCCGAGUUCUGCGGAGUCAAGAGACUGGCGAGUGCUGUCGGGAUAACCUUCAGUGUCCGCGGGUUUUCCAUGCUCCUCAGUCCGCCACUUGCAGGCUAUUUGUAUGACGUCACUGGGAACUACAACGUCUCAUUCUACGUCGCGGGGGGUAUGGUCCUGUGCAGCACCUUGAUGACGUCAGCGUUAGAGGCCCAUCGCACAAGGAGCGUGCAACGUCAGGACUUCGACAAGCUAGGAUCGGAAAACUCGAGUAAAAACCCUCAUUCUAUGGACAUAGUUCAUGACAUGGACUUUGAUGACAGCAGAGAUGUUCUUCUAAUUCGUGAGACCAGUGUAUGAAUCACUCAAAAAUCGGCAAGGUGCAAUGUUGAAGGGAAAGUCUUGUUGUCCAACUAAACAUCUAGAUGUCAGGUGUUACUCGUAUUCAGGGAUUUUUAAACAAUUCAUACUAUAUUAUAUAUUUCUAGCUUUAUCAAAAUCGAUAUUUGAGAUCACCAAGAUUCCACUUCUUUUGGAGUUGUUGAUGCCUUGAUUCUUAAAUCGUCUUUGAUGAUGGAAAAAACCUUUAUGGACAAUAAAUUCUCAUACAAAAUGCUUUUGUUGCCUGACGGCAAUAAA